AUGAAGUCUUUAUCAAGAACUGCCAAUGAAGCAUUUGUUCGAGGGCUUCAGACUGCCCCAGCUAUAGGUGAGCAAUUGCAAGAAUGUGAUGAGGUUGAAGAACAAGGUAACGUUGAUGAUGAUCGUGAUCAUGACAUCCCAGAAGUAGGUGAAGUUAGUGCUGACCAGGUUAUACUGGAAUUGACAAGAAAGCUUUUUAACACCCAAAUAAAUCAGUUGUCAGAUUCCAAUGCAACAUCUUGUGCACCUGUGGUCAAUGUCCAUAGAAUUGGUAAUCAAACACAUCAGACAAAAGAAAGUCAGAGACCUAUUCACUCUACUGUGUGUAAUCACAGACGCCAGGUCCAUAAGCGCCAAACAAGCUCAACUGGGGAAGUUAUUUAUCAUUAAUUUUAUUGCCCAAAUAAUGUCUGCUGUAGAGGUGGAGGAGGGGUUGCUUGUUUAUGUGAGUGGUGUGAACAAACCCUUGAUCGAUCUUCCAGUGGUACAAGCCAGAUGACAAGAGGACCAGUAGCUGUGCACCAAAAUCAGUAGGGGGAUGUUACAGAGUGGGUGAUUUCUGUUUGUCAAUCAAGUGUGUCAGGUGAGUUGGGGAGGAAUGCAUAUACAAUUAUUGCAGUUUUAGUGGCGGUAAACUUUUUGCUACCAACUGGGUGGAUCCUUCCUCGUCCACAAAAUAAUUUACACCAGGCAUUUACAUGCAUGUUUACAGAACUAAUGAUACAAGGAAACAUCGUGCAUCAGUGGUUAGGGCAUGCACAACAAACCUACAGUGCUCCGGAAAUCGUCCAGCACCCUAACUUGGGUUUUAGUGGGGUUGAGUACCAAUUUACAUCCUUCCAGCAGUUUUCUACUGGGCUUGAAUCUAUCAUUGUCAACUCUGGUCAAACAAAAACGGCUUUAGUUUUCAUUCUUCCACCGGACAAGUCAAUGGUUCUCGUUAUUGAUGAACUGGGUCAACUUGUGUUACUGGAAAGUCAUAAACAUAAGGGAGUAGGUGGUAUUGUGGCUGCUGCUGGAUCCUCUAAGGUUAAGAAGAUAGUAAGGAUACCUUACAUUAAGGACAGGGCCAACAGAGACUGGGGAGGGAAUCUGGUUCCUUUUGAUGUUUCCUUUGUAAAGCUUGUUUAG